AGGCGUAUUGUGUGUGAAGAACGGAACAAUAAAAGUAUUGACGAAACAUGAUAGAAGGAAGAACUUUGGAUGGGAAAAAAGAAAAAUGUUCUGAAAUUUUUACUGUCGGUAAGUGAUGAGAGGGUGUGAGUGAUAUAAGAAGAUGGCCGCCAACGCAGCCGAGGAAUUCAAAGUAAUCCUUGUGGGGGAGAGUGGAGUUGGCAAAACGAGUUUUGUUGUCAGAUUUGCUGACUCCAAGUUUCAAAAUGUUCAUGAGAGUACAGUGGGAGUGGAUUGCAAGAAAGUGAGGAUCAAAGUGGGAGAUACACCUGUUGAUCUGCAGGUGUGGGACACGGCAGGACAGGAGAGAUUCAAAAGUAUCGUCAACAGGUUUUUUCGGGGAGCGAAUGGUGCUAUAGUGAUGUAUGAUGUCACCAAAAAGGAAACCUUCGAUGAAGUGUUUUGGUGGCUCAAAGAAACUCGGGAAAACCUGGCCGGAAUACCAGUUUUCCUUGUUGGCAACAAGAGUGAAGAGAGCAGCCAGGUGGAAGUGCUAGAGGAACUGGCUCAAGAUUUUGCAGAAGAACACAGGCUCUACCUCUACCAUUCCAGUGCCAAAGAUGACGUCAAUGUCAAAGAGGUUUUUCAAAGAUUGACCGAAAUGAUGUUGGAGGACAGGAAAAAAGCUGCUGCAGAACCGGAUGAGACAACCAGACUCUACAGAGAAAAUGACGAAGAGUUGGACGUUCGUAAAAUAUAUCUGAACCGAGAAAACCAGAGGGUGAAGAAAGGUUGCUGCAGCUACUUCGAAAGUAGCGACACGAAAGCACACGUUAUCUGAUAUUUAAGAACUAUUUAUGUCAAAAAAGGAACGAAAAAACUGCUGUACAUAUACACAGAUUGGUUACUUUGUGAUUGUAAAAAUAGUGUAUGUUUCGUACUCUAAAUACUAAAUAAUGUAAUAAAAACAUUCAUAUGCCUAAAAUACAAAG